AUGGACGACGACGAUGAAUUCCUCUACGGAGAUAACGAGGAUCAACAAGAGGCUCAACAGGCUCCACCAACCAGCCUCAGUCUGGCAGAACCACCAACAGAAGUUAUUUCGACUACGCACAACGAAAUAAACAAAGUUGAAGGAAUUGACGUGAGAAAUGACACGGCAAAUGCUUCAAACGGUUCAAACGGCUCAAACGAAGAUGACGAUCAAGAUUAUUCAGAUUCUGAGUCUGACGUUGAAAUCAUAAUGGAUACGCCAAAUACUUCAAAAUCUAUUGACUUUAGACCACAAAGAAACUCCUUAGGCAGAACUCCAAGUCAACCUUCAUUGCCAAAACCAAACAUCACUACAGAGUAUAUACCACAAGAAAGGCCUUCUGCUGUAACUUCAACUCCACCAGUUAAGGCACCCUCACAUACUCCGGUACCUCAGCCACCAACUGUUGUUGACAACACUAUCGCUCUUCCUUCAGCUGCAAAUGUCGCAGGUACAGGCACAACCCAAAGUACAGAUGCUCCUGAAAGGUCUUUAGCUCCUACUUUAGCGCAGAAAAGCGACGCAAAUGACUUCUUUUUGAAGCGUGCUCAAGCUAUGGCAGAAGAUCCUGUGGAUAAGCCGACUACGCCAUCGACUGCUCCUCAAUUAGACUUGGAUCCUUCUACAUUAGAUGCCGCGACUGUAUAUGAUAUAGAUGUUGAUGCUGUUGAUGUCGAAAAACCUUGGAGGCAGCCUGGCGCUGAUAUUACCGACUGGUUCAACUACGGCUUUGAUGAGUACAAAUGGCUCGAAUACGCUACACGGAAGAGGAGCAUUGGUGGUGCGACCGAGAAGAUGAAUCCAUUUGCUCCGCACGCUACAACACCAGAUGAACUCAUGAAUGUAUUACCACCAGAGUUACAGGCAAUGAUGCAUAUGAUGCCACCUAUACCCCAGAUGGGCGGCAUGUCUGGUAUGCCUGGUAUGGGUAUGGGUGGUAUGUCUAAUUUACCUCCUGCUAUGCCAGGUGGAGGUAUGCCCGGUAUGCCUGGUAUGCCCCAAAUGCCUGGUAUGCCUGGUAUGCCGCCGGGUUUUGAUAUGUCCAUGAUGAUGGGCAUGCCAAUGGGUAUGCAGAUGAAUCAGACAAACUCCAAUGAAGUCAAGGAAGAAGAUUAUGGUGAAGCAAAAGCUGAUGACAAUCAACAGCGUUUCAAGAAUUACAACGAUAAGGAUAAAGGUGGUGCGAUCAACUCAGCUUUGGACUACAGCGAUCAACCUCUCGUUCAUGAUGACUCCACCAAUGGUGCAAGAAGCACUUCGAAAGAUAGUGAUAGAGACUACAACGAUAGGAGAGAACGGAGCAGAGAGAAAGAUACGGACUUGCAUGAUAAGGAGAGACAGCCAUCUCCAUCGACGCGUUUCAAAGAAAAAGAGCGCGAAAGAGGCAACUUCCGGGAAAGAGAGAGAGAAAACAAAGAGAGAGAGAGAGAGAGGGAAAGGGAGAGAGCCAGAGAAAGAGCCAAGGAAAAAGAGUGGGAAAGAGAAAGAGAGAGAGAGAAAGCAAAAGGUGGAGGAAGAUCGUACAACAGAUCACGUUCACCACCUCCAAGAUUUCCAAAGGAAAGGGAAAGAGAUAGAGACAGGAAAGAUUUCAAAGAUUCUCGAGCUAGAGAACGUGAUCGCGAUCGUGAAAGAGAUCGACGUGAAAGAGAUCGCCGUGAUUCUGACAGAUCGUCACGGAGGCCUGGCAGAUAA